GCCCACGCCGGAAGUAGUGCGGAACGUCUCCGUGAGGUGACGUCACUUCCGGGUUCCCCCCUCCCUCCCACACGUGUGUCCAGCAUGGCGGAUCUACAGAUGAAACUUCUGAGGAGAAAAUUGGAGAAACGGAGCCGGAAAGUCCGAGAGAGGAAAGGAGCGGGGAAGGUCUCCAUAGAGGAGAGUGUGGUGGAAGAUGGAGAAGAGGAGGAGGAGAAGGUGGAGGAGAUCGGCGACAUCCCGCAGCCAGCCGCAGUCAGUGGAGGUGAUGAGGAGCCCCCCAAGCCCUCCCCCACCAAGAGGAAGAAGAAGAAGAAACGGAAGAUGCCGGUGACAGAGGAUGGCAGUGCAGACGCCAAGAGAGUGAAGAAUGAAGAGGAAUCCGAGACAAAUGCAGAAGCCAAGGAUGAAGAUGGCGCAGCGGUCAAUUCUGAGAAGGAGGAUGAUGAUGAAGAAGAGGAGUCGAGUUUACCGAUGGGCCUGACAGGAGCCUUUGAGGAGGAGUCGUUCUCCUCGCUGUCCAGUCUGGUGGAUGAGAGUACGCUGAGGGCGAUCUCUGAGAUGGGAUUCACUCACAUGACGGAGAUUCAGCAUAAAACCAUCCGGCCUCUUCUGGAGGGAAGAGACGUCCUGGCUGCGGCUCGUACCGGCAGUGGGAAGACGUUGGCCUUCCUGAUCCCGGCCAUAGAACUCGUCUACAAGCUGAAGUUCAUGCCGAGAAACGGAACCGGGGUCCUCAUCUUGUCCCCCACCAGGGAGUUGGCCAUGCAGACGUACGGCGUUCUGAAGGAGCUGAUGGCCCACCAUGUCCACACCUACGGCCUGAUAAUGGGGGGGAGCAACCGCUCCGCAGAGGCCCAGAAACUGGCCAAUGGCAUUAAUAUUAUUGUGGCCACGCCUGGGAGAUUGCUGGACCACAUGCAGAACACGCCUGGCUUCAUGUACAAGAACCUGCAGUGCCUUGUGAUCGACGAGGCCGAUAGAAUCCUGGAGGUCGGCUUUGAGCAAGAAAUGAAACAGAUCAUCGGCCUGCUACCAAAACGCCGGCAGACGAUGUUGUUCUCGGCCACUCAGACCCGGAAGGUGGAGGAUUUGGCUCGGAUCUCCCUGAAGAAGGAGCCGCUGUAUGUGGGGGUGGAUGACAACAAGGACACGGCCACUGUGGAUGGUCUGGAGCAGGGGUAUGUCGUCUGCUCCUCCGAGAAACGCUUCCUGCUGCUCUUCACCUUCCUGAAGAAGAACCGGAAGAAGAAGAUGAUGGUUUUCUUCUCCUCCUGCAUGUCGGUGAAGUUCCAUUACGAGCUCCUGAACUACAUCGACCUUCCAGUGAUGGCCAUUCAUGGGAAGCAGAAACAGACCAAACGUACCACCACCUUCUUCCAGUUCUGUAAUGCGGAUUCCGGGAUCCUCCUUUGUACGGAUGUCGCUGCCAGAGGAUUGGACAUUCCGGAGGUGGAUUGGAUUAUCCAGUACGAUCCGACCGAUGACCCCAAGGAAUACAUUCAUCGGGUUGGCAGGACGGCCCGCGGGAUCGGUGGGCGGGGCCACGCUCUUCUGAUUCUCCGGCCGGAGGAGUUGGGAUUCCUGCGUUUCCUGAAACAAGCCAAGGUCCCACUGAGCGAGUUUGAGUUUUCCUGGAGUAAGAUUUCGGACAUCCAGUCACAGUUGGAGAAGUUGAUAGAGAAGAAUUAUUACCUCCACAAGUCGGCGCAGGAAGCGUACAAAGCGUACAUCCGCGCCUACGACUCGCACUCACACAAGCAGAUCUUUAACGUCAACACGCUGGAUCUGCCGAAAGUCUGCACGUCCUUCGGGUUCCGGAUCCCGCCAUUCGUGGACCUCAACGUGAACAGCAGCGGAGGGAAGCGGCUCCAGAAGCGCGGCGGGGGAGGGGGAUUCGGCUACCAGAAGCCUCAAACCGUCUACAAAGCGAAGAUCUUCAAACACUUCAACCGGAGCGGCCGCGCAGACGGGCGACAAUUCACCCGCUAAACUCCUCCCACCCCGGAGAGGGCGGGACUUCUUCACCAGCCGGAGAUAACAGACUGCAAUAUGUGACUGUCAGAGAUUUCUCUUCCCUCCAAUCGUGAGAGGAAAUGUUCAGAUUUAUUAUUAUUCUUUUAUAAACAAAAUCCCGGCCUGGAAUCUUAUUGGUCCUCGGAGAGAAGAGGGGGAGGGGCGAGCUCAUGUCGACGCGUUUCACUGGAGAGGAUCGGAGCUCCUCCUUCACACCCGACACCGAUCAUCAGGGGGGGAGUCUGAGAGGCGUGACUUGUCCUGGACUCCGCCCCCUUCUGUAAGAUAUUAGAUCUGGUCACCUGACUUGUCCUGGACUCCGCCCCCUUUUGUAGGAUAUCAGAGAUCUGGUCACCUGACUUGUCCUGGACUCCGCCCCUUCUAUAGGAUAUCUGGUCACCUGACUUGUCCUGGGCUCCGCCCCUUCUGUACUCUGGGAGGGAUCUGAUUCCUCGGCACAGAUUUGUAUCGGAGAUUCCUCAGAAUAAAACCUUUUCCACCAAUCGUGUGCCGGAUUCUCACUGCUCCGCUCUGAUGAGGGGGGAGGGGGUGGGUCCUCCUGUCUGUGACAAGUAUUCCUAUAUUGUCUGAUUUAUAUUUUCCCCUCCCCUCCCCCACCAUAUUGUAUAUGAAAUCUUUCUAUUUUCAUUAAAUAACCUGUGAUGUCA